GGCCAAGCCCAGCCCUUCCUUGCCUGGGGCCUGGCAGCCUCUCCUUCCCCCUCCUCUCCUCCCCCUUCCCCGCAGCUCUCCCCCCUUUCCUCACACGCUCGCUUUCUUCUCCCCUCAAAGGCGCUUCCUCCGCGGCGCGGGUCGGCCGAGAAGGGCCCAGCCGCUUGGGGUUUGCCUCCGCCGAGUUCAAGGUCCAAGAUUUGUUUUCACAUUAACUUGAUAAGACAUAACUAAUUUAUUACAUGGCUGCACUACAAAUUUGAGCAUGAUCUUUGAGAUUCUAUUGCUGGCUGGCACAUGGAGGCUUAUUUCAUUGAUUAAGAAUUGCUGAGGAGCAUUUUGGGGUGGAUUACAUAUUGUGAAGAAUUUGCUGAAUGAACCAAGAUAUAACCAUGCAUAACAAGACUUAAGCAGCCUUUCCUUUUGUGACUUAGAUAUGCUGCUUUUCAGUAGUGCUUUAGUCUUUAAAAUGGUCAUAGCUGCAUGUAUUCUUUGAUCCAUUUCUGAUGAAUGUUACAACCAUGAGUUUACAUCGGCAAAUGGGAUCUGAUAGGGACUUGCAAUCUACUGCUUCCUCUGUAAGCUUGCCUUCAAUUAAAAAGGCACCAAAGAAGAGAAGAAUUUCACUGGGAUCUUUUUUUCGAAAGAAAAGGGAUAUGAAACAUAAAGCCAAGGAUGUAAAUGGUGGUGUCGAUGGGAUUGCAAGUAUUGAAACUAUACACUCAGAAAUAUGUCCAGACAAGAACUCUAUUUUAUCUGCCUAUAUGUCAUCAGACAGUGGAACAGCCAUCUGUAGUAAGCAGACGGGAGACUUCAUAGAAUGUCCCUUGUGCCUUUUGCGGCACUCUAAGGAGAGGUUUCCGGAAAUAAUGACUUGUCACCAUAGAUCUUGUGUGGAUUGCUUGCGUCAGUAUCUCCGGAUAGAAAUCUCAGAGAGCAGAGUUAAUAUCUGCUGUCCAGAAUGCUCUGAGCGAUUUAAUCCCCAUGACAUUCGAUUAAUUUUAAAUGAUGACAUCUUGAUGGAAAAAUAUGAAGAGUUUAUGCUUAGACGGUGGCUUGUCGCGGACCCCGAUUGUAGGUGGUGCCCUGCUCCAGACUGUGGGUAUGCAGUCAUUGCUUUUGGAUGUGCAAGCUGUCCAAAACUUAUGUGUGGGCGUGAAGGCUGUGGAACUGAAUUUUGCUACCACUGUAAGCAGAUUUGGCAUCCUAACCAGACUUGUGAUGCUGCUCGUCACGAAAGAGCACAAAGUCUACGUUUACGAACAAUUCGUUCUUCAUCCAUUAGCUAUAGUCAGGAGUCUGGAGCUGCAGCUGAUGACAUAAAGCCAUGCCCCCGCUGUGCUGCUUAUAUCAUAAAGAUGAACGAUGGAAGUUGCAAUCACAUGACAUGUGCUGUCUGUGGUUGUGAAUUCUGUUGGUUGUGUAUGAAGGAGAUCUCAGACUUGCAUUACUUAAGUCCAUCAGGUUGUACAUUCUGGGGAAAAAAACCAUGGAGUCGGAAGAAGAAAAUUCUUUGGCAACUUGGGACACUUGUAGGUGCACCAGUAGGAAUUGCCUUAAUAGCAGGCAUUGCUAUUCCAGCAAUGAUUAUUGGAAUUCCUGUAUAUGUGGGACGUAAGAUUCAUAAUCGCUAUGAAGGCAAAGACAUGUCAAAGCAUAAGAGGAACUUAGCCAUUGCAGGUGGUGUAACCUUAUCUGUAAUUGUUUCACCAGUUGUAGCUGCAGUCACUGUGGGUAUUGGAGUCCCUAUUAUGCUGGCCUACGUGUAUGGAGUAGUUCCCAUUUCUCUCUGUCGAAGUGGAGGUUGUGGAGUAUCAGCUGGCAAUGGGAAGGGUGUCAGAAUAGAAUUUGAUGAUGAAAAUGAUAUAACUGUGAGUGGAGCAAAUGCAGCAGCAGACACUACAUCAGUAGCAGAGGCACGUCACAAUCCUAGCAUAGGGGAAGAAAGUGUUGGACUGACUGGAAGCCUAAGUGCAAGUGGCAGCCAUAUGGACAGAAUAGGAGUCAUUCGAGACAAUCUGAGUGAGACAGCCAGCACUAUGGCCUUGGCUGGAGCUAGCAUCACAGGAAGUCUGUCAGGAAGUGCAAUGGUCAACUGCUUCAACCGGUUGGAAGUCCAAGCAGAUGUGCAGAAGGAGAGAUGCAGUUUGAGUGGUGAAUCUGGCAGUGUUAGCUUGGGAACAGUGAGUGACAAUGCCAGCACCAAAGCAAUGGCUGGGUCCAUUAUAAAUUCCUAUGUCCCAUUGGACAGAGAUGGUAGCAGCAUGGAGGUACAAGUAGACAUUGAAUCGAAGCCUGCAAAAUUCAGACACAACAGUGGGAGCAGCAGCAUGGAUGAUGGUUGUGCUGCAGGCCGCAGUAAUGCGGGUGGUUCUUCCGCCUGCUUGUCUGAUAACAAAUCAAGUGUCCCCAAGUGGCCCAAAGAAGCAUCAGCAGGGAAAAAGUGCAAAGGAUCAGACUGAUAGGUCUAUCAUUCAGUGAUCAGAAUGGUAUAUCCUGGAGCCAAGCUAGGAAAGAAGCUGCUGCCAUAUUUGGAAAAGCUUGUGUAUGUUCUUCGUUCUUAUGUUCUUACUCUACCUUUGAUGAAAUGGAAGAACACGUGACUUUGUGCUAGCAAGCAUUGAGCCUGAAUUUGUAGCUCUUGAUGUGGAUGUUUUAAGCAAUUAUCCAUCCCAUGCUUUUCAAAGAUAUACAUUAAAACUGCUGUUCUGAAAAUAUCUUGGAAUGGUAAGGUCAUGUUUUGAGACCGAAUACAGGUUUGGCUCCUAACUUAUUCUUGCUUCAAUGCUGUAUUUGAACAGCCAGUAUUUAUAUUUUACAUUAUCUAAAGAAUCUUGUGGUUUGUGGUUGGGGGUGUGCAUACUUUGAAAACAAUUGGGAGGACAGAUCUCAUGUGAGCACAGCAACAUUCUGCAAUUAACAGAGCCAUUCUACUUUCCAGCUUCUCCUGCAGCUAUUGUGAGGAGUCAACAUCAACUUUAACGAAUCAACUCCUUAAAGCAGUGUUUUUCGACUUCAAGAUGCAUGGACUCCAACUUUCAGAAUUCGCCAGCCAGCAUGCUGGGGAAGAGUUCUGGGAGUUCUGGGAGCUGGAAUCCAUGCAGCUUAAAGUUGAUGGUUGAGAAAUGCUGCAUUUUUUUUAAAAAAAGUGAAAUGCUAAAAUUUGGAUAUUCUGAUAUGUAAAUGAAAUUUUUUGUACUGUAAACUAUAUGGAAAAUAUUAUAUUCUCUCUCCUUCUCCGGCAUUCACAGAAAAGAAGCAAAGUUCUGUUCCAACUGAUUAAAAAUGCUAUGUUCACGUACUCAAAUUAGUCCAGCAAAUCAAGGAAUGAGUAAUGGAUCAUGUUGGAUAUUACUGCUUAGUUGUUUCCGAAACCAUUUUUCUCUGGAGUUUGAUACUUUACUGAACUCUGUUUGAAAGAUUUAGGGGUGCUCUUAGGACAAAAAUAUUAUUUUUCAAAGCAAAUCAGGACUUCUUCAGUGAAAUCUCUCCCUGGAAAGCGGAUGUGACAGCUGCAGCAAAGACCAAAGAACCAAUGAGUAGACUGGUUUUUUGGAACCUCUCUAGACAAGGGAAAGAUAGCUUGCCCACAUGUGCUCUGGAAGACUCCUUCCAGGAAACCUCAGGACAGAGUUCCAUAGAUUUCACCAUCAGGAAAUGUUGGGAUUAGCCAACUUGCUCAUACAUGGUGGGGAUUUUGAAAGGAUACUAAGUUUCUAACUUGACUACUAAUAAAAAUUGCCUAUUUAACUAUGUUAAUACCAUUACACAUCUUUGGAAAGACAAGGUUCAUAAGCCACAAUGUUUAAAUAUACGGAACAUCAAAGAUGCAGUGAUUUAAGAGAGACUAUUAUAGCCAAGGCCAAGUAUGAAGUAAUCUUAAUACUCCAUAAUGUGUUUUUAUACUAGAUUAUGAAGUUUCCCACUCUUGCCCUAAAAGAUAAACCGCAAACAGAACUGGUACUAUCAAAUUAAAUUGACCACAUUUGUGAAGCGAAGUUAUAUUUUAAUCCAUAAACACCAAAACUAGUUUUUAUGUUAGACACCAAAUGUUCACCUCAGGAACUGAAUAACCAGUAUCCUACAAAAACAUUUUGGGGCAUUCUGGAAAACAAAGCUGUUAACAAAUAAUAAAAAUAUGCCCAAUAUCUUUCUUUUAAAAUAUUUAUUCAUUACAAGAAUUUUUAUAUCAAUCAGCUGAAUACCUUAUUACAAAAAUUAUUCAAGGGAAACAAUUCAAGUGGAUAAGCUCUUAACAAUUUUUUUUACAGUUUCUAAUCCAAGAAAACAUUUAAUUCAACAUAGUAGAAGUAUCAAAUGUACUUCUGUACUAUUUCCUGUAAUCUAAUUUGGAUUGCAUACUAUUAAUAAAUUAGUUUUUAGUUUAAAAUAUAAUAACUCUAUUGCUUCAAAACAUUUUUUACACAUUUUGCUUCAUCUUUGCUGUUCUGUAGUAAGUCACUUGGCUCGGAGAAAUCUCCCUUUGUAUAUUCAAUGGAAGCAAUUCGGAGAAGAUUCAAAUAUCCCCUGUUGCAACCAGCUGCUAAAAGGUAUACACAUUCAGAACCCUCCAGCAUGUUAUUUCUGUAAGAGGAAGAUGAGAAAUGACUCGGGGGUUUUCUUGAAAGCCAUACUCAACGUAAGCCAGAUGAAUUUGGAACAGCAAAUGAAAGCAAAAUUGAAGUUUACACACACUGUAGUUUGGUAUGCAUAGUGUCCAUUUUUUUCCACAACUGCAAAAACAAAGUGCUAUCACCGUAUUACACUUUCAUAGUCUUUCAACACAUUCCCUCUUAAAAUAAGAUUCAUAAUUCCUUAUUUAAUGGGGCUUAUUCAAAGACAUUUUCAUUGCAGUGUCAGUGGU